CAGAGCAGAGUGUAAAGUUCACUCAAACUUCGUGACAAGCAGAGCAGAGCUAGCGGGGUGCCCAGGGUGAGCAGAACCCAUGGAGAAGUUCAGGACAUUGCUGGACCUGCAGAGUAAGCACCGCAGCGCCCUAGGCUACGGUCUGGUGACCCUGCUGACUGCGGGUGGGGAGAAGAUUUUCUCUGAGGUAGUGUUCCAGUGUCCAUGCAGCGCCACCUGGAACAUGCCCUAUGGCCUGGUGUUCCUGCUGGUGCCAGCGCUCGCACUCUUCCUUCUGGGUUACGCACUGAGCGCGCGCACCUGGCGCCUGCUCACCGGCUGCUGCUCCAGGAACUCGAGGGCGCGUUGCAACGUGGGGUUGCGCGGCGCGUUCGUGUGCGCGCAGCUCAGCGCUGCGGCCGCGCUGGCGCCCCUCACCUGGGUGGCGGUGGCGCUGCUCGGAGGCUCCUUCUACCAAUGCGCUGUCAGCGGGAGCACGCGCUUGGCUCCACACCUGUGUAAGGACCGGGACCCCAGCUGCAUCGCCAAGCUGCCACAGGUUCCCUGUAACAAGCAGGAGGCGUGGAUGCAGGAGAUCCUGAGUCAGCUCAAGGCUCAGUCUCAGGUGCUGGGUUGGAUUCUGAUAGCAGCUGUCAUCAUCUUACUUCUGGCUUUUAAGUCUGUCAUUCGAUGCCUCUCUCCGGUCAGUUAUAUGCAGUUAAAAUUCUGGGAAAUCUAUUUGGAAAAGGAGAAGCAGAUCCUCCAAAGUCAAGCUACGGAGCACGCGACCCAGCUGGCAAGAGAGAAUAUCAGAUGUUUCUUUGAGGGCACGAAGCCAAAUGAAUGCAACACCCCAAGCAAUAAAGACUGGCAGCAAAUCUCAUCCCUGUACACUUUCAAUCCCAAGAGCCAGUUCUACAGCAUGCUGCACAAGUACAUCAACAGAAAAGAGAUGAGUGGCAGUGUCCGUUCUGUGGACGGGGAUACAGUGGUCCCUGUCCUUAGUUUUGUAGAUGCUUCUUGCGUACAUGACACUCAUGGGGUGUGAUGUUGCAAGUGAGCAGAAAAAAAA